CAUCAGCAUCAAUACAAUCAACACAACACUCAACACUCAACACUCAACGCAUCCACUCACAUCCUCACCCAAACAACAAUCAAACAAACAAUUCCAAAUCUACCACCAUCCACUUGAUUAAAUAAAAACCCUCACACGACCAUCCUCUCGAGGCUACAUCAACACCUCCAUUGCAUUUCCGAGGAGAACCAACCAUCGUCCUCCGAUCGACCCAUAAACUCGCUGCCUCUUGCUGCUUUGGGACCCACCACAGCUUUUCUGACACCACCCCUCUCCCAUCUGAGUUCUUCUGGGGUAUCAAAUAUCGCCCGAUUGCCCAGCCCUUUCUCCUAGACAUCUCCGACAGCCAUCCCAUUUACCGCUCGAGCCGGCAUUAAUCAGCCUGCUUUCGACCUGAGAUAGCCUUUUCGCAACACUCUUAUCCGCCCCCGCUUUCCGCGCAGUAGAGAAGUUGAAUAUAUAUUCGCGACUGAGCCCACUCUAGCUUCCAUAGCUAUCACCACCAUAAUCUACCGCACAAUCCCCUACAACAACCAACCCCCACAGUCAUCAUGAAGGUCGUCACCAAAGAAGAAGAAGCCGAGCACUACAACGCCGUUGUCAAGGGCGGACUCGUCGGUGGUACAAUCGGUCUUGCCAUUGGCGUAACUGGUGUUAUCUACGCCUCAAGGCGCUACCCCAGCUUCCGUGGUUUGACCCUCCCCUUCCGAACCUUCCUCGUCACAUCUACCGGUACCUUUGGUGCCAUUGUCCAGGCUGAUCGAGCUGGUAUCGCCUACCAGCAAGGCAAGGACCCCAUGGCCAAGUACCGUGACAACUCCCAGCGUGCUCAGGAGAUUAUCCGCGAGAACGAGACCGCUUACGAGCGCUUCAUGAACUACGGACGCGAACACCGCUACAGCAUUGUCGGCGCUUCAUGGCUUGCUAGUUUGGCCAUUGCCCUUGCCCUGGUCAGCCGCGCGCCUAUGAGCACCCCCCAGAAGAUCGUGCAGGCUCGUGUUUAUGCCCAGGGCCUGACCCUUGCCGUGCUGAUCGUCUCCGCCGCCUUCGAGAUGAACGAUGCCAAGAACGCAAAGGGCCGCUGGGAGACCGUCAUGGUCUUGGACCCCAACGACCCGGAGCACAAGCACCUCAUUGAGAAGAGAAUCCACAAGGAGGAGUACGAGGGACAAGAUCUGUGGAUGGAUAUGGUUGAGGCUGAGGAGAAGAGAUUAGCUGCCCGCAAGGCUGAGCAGGAGCGCGAGCAGCAGCACGCCCAGUAAGCAGCUGCUGAAUGCACCUCAUUCUCUCGCCCAUGUCAGCCAUUAGCAGCAGAAGCUCUGCACUAAUGGUGCCAUGGCAUGCAACCUUUAUCCGUCACAUCCGGUUGUUUUAAACCGACCCCUCCAAACUCAAAACACCAUUCGCAUAAACACACAUAGAGACACUACUACCACUCAUACAUGUAUAAACUCAUGGACACUCACACAUUUCUAUACAGCAGAGGGAAGUGAUUCCACAUACGUACAAAACAAAGAAAAACAACAAUUCGGAAUUUCAUAAUUUCAUCUAAUGGGUUUGAGGGGGUUUUCGGGAUGGGUUUUUGUCACGGGUAUAGAGAAAAGAAACCCGCACACUUGAAGAAACACUUGGGCCAAUUUUGAUGAUGGAGUCAUUGGAACUGGUUUAAUCUUUUUAUUUUUAUUUUUAGCAUUUGCAUGAUGGGGCGUGUUUGAGUCGUUUUGGCAUUUCAUGGGUGGUUCAGACGAAACAAAUUGUACAGGAUAGUUUCCUUUGCAGUGUAUAUACACAUACUCCCUUUUGUAUAACAGAAAACAUGACAAUAUUUUAAUCAAAUGAUAUCAUGACCCA